AAGAGCCGACCUUGGACCAGAGGAUUGCCGAGUGCCCAGAAGAUGUCAACCGCCCCCACUGCAGCUCAGACACCUGGGCGAUGACCUGCACCCACUAGAAUGCCUGGAUGGUUCAAAAAGGUGUGGUACGGGCUGGCAUCCUUACUCAGCUUCUCCUCCUUCAUCCUCAUCAUCGUGGCCCUGGCAGUGCCCCACUGGCUGAGUGGGAAAAUCCUUUGUCAGACUGGAGUGGACCUGGUCAACGCCACAGAUCCGGAGCUGGUCAAAUUCAUUGGGGACAUUUACUACGGACUCUUCCGAGGGUGUAAGGUGCGGCAGUGCGGGCUGGGGGGCCGCCAGUCCCAGUUCACGAUCUUCCCACAGCUGGUGAAGGAACUCAACGCAGGCCUCCACGUGAUGAUUCUGCUGCUCCUCUUCCUGGCGCUGGCCCUGGCUCUGGUCAGCAUGGGCUUUGCCAUUCUCAACAUGAUCCAGGUUCCCUACAAGGCAGUCAAUGGCCCCGGAGGCAUCUGCCUAUGGAACGUCCUGGCGGGUGGAGUGGUGGCGUUGGCCAUCACCAGCUUCAUGGCUGCGGUGAAAUUCCACGACCUGACAGAACGAAUCGCCAACUUUCAGGAGAGGCUCUUUCGCUUUGUCGUGGUGGAAGAACAGUAUGAGGAGUCGUUUUGGAUCUGCGUGGCCAGCGCCUCAGCCCACGCUGCCAACUUGGUCGUGGUGGCCAUCAGUCAAAUUCCCCUCCCAGAGAUUAAGACCAAAGUCGAGGAGGCCACCGUCACGGCAGAGGACAUCUUGUAUUGAUAGCCUUCUCCUGGCCACACCC